AUGGUCGCUCCCAUCAAGGGCAUGUUCGCGCGCCGCCUGUACAAGGACAUCGCCAUCUCCCUUACCUCUGGCACCAUCGGUGGCUACUGGUUCUGGUACCAGGUCCACAUCCCUAUGAGUGCGUACAUCCAGCGCGAGAUGAAGAAGCGCGACAACUUCUACGCCAAGCUUGAGGCCGAGCGGGCGUAA